GCACGUUCUACUUAGGCCUUGCCGACAUUUGUAGGCUGUUGGGCCUGUGUCUACCAGACCCAUAAUCCUGUAAAAUUUUCCAGAUCGACGUCGUCUUCCUCCAAAGCUCACUGAUCUACAUUUCCCAGACAGAAAUUCCCUCUCCCAAUUCUUUACAGAUCUGAGUUUUUCAAAUUGAUAAGCUCGCAAGAUUUUAUAAAUCAAUGCAUAUACAUGCAUACUGAUACUGAGAAGAUAUUGAGAAAAAAACACAAUGUCCUCAAUCUUACACCAGAGGGCAAUCCAGAACUCUCUUAGGAACCAAUACGGUAUAUCUCUUCGGUCAUCGCAGGAUUACCAAAAACACACAGCUUUCCUUUUCAACAGAGCAUCUCUAAUAAUCCUCCUCCUCGUUCUGGUGGUCCUCGGAGUUCUCUUCCCAUGGGCUCAAAUUCCGGGUAUCUGGGGUUUCCAGACCCGAAGUAGCUCCAGGAUCUCCCAAUCCAAGUGGCGGGAGUACACGUUGGCACAGGCGGCGUCCAGCGUGUCGAAAAAUGGAACUUUGAUAGUGUGCGCUGUGAGUGAGCCUUACUUGCCCUUCUUGAGCAAUUGGCUGAUCAGCAUUGCCAGGCAGAAGCAGCAUGAGAAAGUUUUGGUGAUUGCUGAGGACUAUGCGACUUUGUAUAAGGUUAAUGAAAGGUGGCCUGGCCAUGCUGUGUUGAUCCCUCCUGCUGUGGAGUCUCAAAGUGCUCACAAGUUUGGAUCUCAGGGAUUCUUUAAUUUUACUUCCCGAAGGCCUCGCCAUCUUCUGCAAAUUUUGGAGCUUGGUUAUAAUGUCAUGUAUAAUGAUGUGGAUAUGGUAUGGCUAGCAGAUCCAUUUCCUUACUUGCAGGGGAAGCAUGAUGUGUACUUUACAGAUGACAUGGCUGCGGUGAAACCUCUAAAUCACUCUCACGAUCUGCCACCGCCAGGGAAAAAAGGCCGAACUUACAUAUGUAGCUGCAUGAUUUAUAUGCGUCCCACAAAAGGAGCAAAGUUAGUUAUGAAGAAGUGGAUUGAAGAACUACAAGCUCAACCAUGGUCCAAAGCUAAGAAAUCUAAUGACCAGCCUGCUUUUAACUGGUCUCUAAAUAAAACUUCAGGACAGGUGGACUUGUAUCUGCUGCCUCAAGCGGCAUUCCCAACCGGUGGUCUAUACUUCAAGAACCCAGCAUGGGUACAAGAGACCAAGGGAAUGACUGUUAUUAUUCACAAUAACUACAUUACCGGAUUUGAGAAGAAGAUUAAACGUUUCAGAGAAUUUGGUCUGUGGUUAGUGGAUGAUCAUGCAUCUGAGUCCCCUCUUGGCAGAUUAGACUAAGCCCCCUUUAAUUCAAGAUGAUAAAUUUUGCGACAGAAAAGAAGAAAUCAAGAAGCAACUUGUUCUGAAUUUUAUAGGCAACAUAUAGUGUAUUUCUAUCAUCUCAUCUCAAAAUAUAGUUUUGACAAGGUUUUUAAUAAUUUACUUUGUAUUAUCUUUUUGUAUCACAUAGUUUUUUUAAAAAAGAUUCAUGUAAAUGUACAACCUUCUUGAUUGAAUAUUUUUAGAGGUUCUGAGAUUAAUGCUUACAACCUUGCAGGCAUAUAUCUAUGAUUUGUGAACGAUUGACAUUUUCGUUUUGUGCUUUUCAUUUAGAAAUUUUCGUCAAAAUUACUGUUACUCCAGCUGUAUUUAUU